AGUUUCCGACAGCACGUGAACGCAGCAGCGCAGGAACGAUCAACCGGAGAGUCGGCGGUUGCUAGGCAACCGUUCGUUUCAGAGCAAACGGACAGUACAAGACCUCGGCGAGAAACGGACAAGUUGACGACAAAAAGCGAUGGCUGCUGAAAAACAGGAGAAUAGGUUGCAGUUGGAGGCUAUUAUUGGCUUUAACGGACAUGUGCCCUCCGGCCUGAAGCUGCAUCCAGACCAGGAGCACAUCAUCUCUCCUCUGGGAUCCACACUGAUCCUGGAGAACAUCAGGGAUGGAAAGCAGUGGUUCCUGCGCGGACACACAGGCAACAUCUCCUGCAUUGCAGUGUCCAGAAGUGGGGCAUACAUUGCCUCUGGACAAACUACCUCCAUGGGCAGUAAAGCCCCAAUAAUUAUCUGGAACUAUGCUGAGAGGACAGUCUACGCCCAUCUGACGCUCCACAAGGGCCUAGUGCAGGCCCUGGACUUCUCUCCCAACGAAAAGUACCUCGUGUCACUGGGGGGUAUCGAUGACGGCAGUCUAGUUGUCUGGGACAUGGAGACCAAGGAGGCCGUUUGUGGAGGUCUAGCAUCAGCCAGAAGUGCAGGUCAAUGUCUCACCGUCCGCUACUCCAACACCAACGACAAUAUAUUUGUGUCUGGCGGGAGUGGCGUGUUACGAGUCUGGGAACUGGAUCUGGCCAACAGAAAGAUCAGCCCCACAGAGUGCUAUGCAGGGAAAUUGACGAGGAUUGUGAAAUGUAUAGAGAUCUCAGCGGAUGAUGGCCAUUUUUUCUGUGGCACCACCAGUGGAGACAUAAUGAAAAUCCAGAUGAAGACGGGACGUAUGAAAAACUACGGUCCGGACAGAGCGAAAUACAGCCAUGGAGUCAGCGCUCUCAAGGUGCUGAGCUCCGGAGAGCUGCUGGUGGGCUGUGGAUCCGGCAACCUCACUUUGUGUUCCACAGACAAGUUCGAACCUCUGAAAAAAGUCCAGCUGGAAGGUGGCGUGACCUCCAUCACUGGAGGAAAUGAUCAGCAGAUCUUCGUUGGCACGGAGGCCGCUCAGGUGUAUCGCUUCGACUACGAGAGCUUCGCAGCAGAACUGGCGUCCACCAGCCACACCAACGCCGUCAAGGACGUAGUCUUCCCCUUUGGAACAUCUGAUCUGUUUGCUACCUGCUCUGAGGAAGACAUCAGAUUGUGGCAGGUAGGCAAGCCCAAAGAGAUCGUCCGCAUCAGCGUUCCCAAGACGACCUGCAACUGCUUGGACUUCAUGAUUGAUGGCCAGGGCCUCGUCAGUGGGUGGAGCGAUGACAAGAUUCGUCUGUUUGCACCAGAAACUGGACGGCUGAAGCGCCUCAUUACCGAUGCACACAAAGUAGGUGUGACCGCAAUCGCUGCGACCAAGGACUGCAAGAGGAUCGUCAGUGGAGGCGGGGGGGGAAUGGUGCGGGUUUGGGAGCUCCUGCAACACGGCCAUCGGCUGGUGGAGACCAUGAAGCAGCACAAAGCCGCCGUCACCUGCCUCAAGUUGAAAGUGGACGACAAAGAGUGCGUCACCACCAGCACGGACGGCACCUGCAUCAUCUGGGACCUGGUAAGAUUCACGAGUCUUCAGAGGAUCAUUGCCAACACGAUGGUCCAGGCGAUCUGCUACCAUCCGGAGGAGCACCAGAUCAUCACCGUCGGCACCAACAGAAAGGUGGUGUACUGGGAGGUGUACUACGACGCUGCCAUCAGAGAGCUGAGGGCCUCGCCGUCUGGGGCCAUCAACGCCUUGGACAUCACGCAGGACGGCCGACACUUUGUGACAGGAGGUGAGGACAAGCUGCUGAAGGUGUGGGACUACGUGACGGGAGAAGUGACCCACGUGGGCGUCGGUCACGGCAGCAGCAUCACCAGAACCAGGAUCUGCUGCAACAACCGCAGAGUCGUCAGCACCGACGGCGGCGGAGCCGUGCUCUGCUGGACCUUCCCCCACCCGCCCGCCUCCUAG